UUAUUAAAUGCAACUUGUGAUUCUUCGGCCCUGUUUCUUCUUAUAACUUUAGAUGCUUUACAGCGGCUCUCAGGAUACCGCCCCAAAUGCUCUCAGCUUCAUACGUGGUUCCUGCUGUGAGCUUCUCAUGCGCCGAUUCAGCAACAAAUGCGGUCCAUGAGGAAGCGAACAGUUUCUCCUCCCUUCACGGAGGUCAUUAUGAAAACCAAUCAAAUUUUCGUGCAAUUCAAAAAUUGGAAGUCAACUCAAGUGUUACAGUCGCAAAACUCACUGAUAAUAAUCAGUGUCAGUACCUGGAUGAGGCGCUUGGACAAGAUCUGACCUGCAAGAAUUUUAUCUUCGACGAUUCAGUGUUCCGCUCAACCAUCACCAGCGACUACGAAUUGGUUUGCAGUCGUUCGUACUUGCGUCCGAUGUAUACGUCGCUGUACAUGUUCGGAGCCAUGUUCGGCUCAGCCGCAGUGGGCUACAUGGCAGACUGGAAGGGUAGGAAGUUGCCAAUGACCGUAGGAAUCAUCGGCUACGCGCUCACUCCCGUCGCCCUGAGCGUCAUCCCGUCACUCGAGGUCAUCCUCUUCUGUCGUCUGCUGCUGGGGUUCUUCCAUCCUAUUUUGCUGACAUCCUUUUAUACGAUUGCAUUAGAAGUGAGUCAACCGAAGUACCGAGCGACGGUGGGAGUGUUGGCAGGUCUGCCAUGGGCGCUAGGCACCAUAGCCUGGGCCGGGCUCGGCUACCUCAUCAGGGAUUGGCAGUGGCUAAUGCUCACUGCGACUGUCCCUUCUUUUUUCUUCCUGCCCUGUAUCUGGCUGAUAGAUGAGUCACCGCGAUGGCUGGUCGUUCACGGACAUCACGACAAGGCGAUCGAAGUCUAA